GCGCACAAAUCCACCUUUAGAUCCUCUUCUUCUCAAAUAAAAACCGUAACCCAUGCGGCUACGCCCAUUCGUAAGCAAAGUACUGUCUCCCUUUCCCAAUCUCCCAAUCUCAACCGUUAAACUCUUCAUCCAACGGUUCCCGAUACCUCUUCCUUACUCUUUAUAAUCCCUACCUUCCCCCCUUCUUCCUUCAUAUAGCACUGUUCACUGUUCUUCCUCUUCACUUUUCUCUCUCUCUCUCUCUCUCUGUAAACAAAACCCUCCGAAAUAUCUCUCUCUCUCUACAGAAUGCCUAACUCACCACUGCUUCGCCGUCUCCGAUCUCUCUUCCCCUGAGCAAACCCCACCGUGGAGUUCAAUGUCGUACAUCUGUUUAUCCCUUUUGUAAUUAUUUGGAUUUUUUUUUAUUUCACGAUUUUUGUAGUGACUAAGUUGCUGAAGCUAAACGAAAAGGGUCAAUCUUGUUUAGUUAAUUUAACUGUAAUUAAGCUGAAAAAGUUGUUAAUUCUGCGGUCUUUUGUGGAAUAUUUUUGUGGGUUUCGUUUACCUUUUUGGAUAUAGGAGCGUAUAGGUAGAAACCGAUACAUAUAUAUACAUACAUAUUUGCUGUAUGUAUAGGUGAUGAUUACGGACAGCUAUCCAAAGAUGAUGUCAGAAAUUGGAAUGCGAUCGGUGAUGAGAGGUGCGGCGGAGGAGUAUCGGGACGAGCUGGAGAUGUUGCUGAGGGAACAGCAGAGAAGGCAACAAGAGGCCAACGAUAUCGAGAGGGAGCUUAGCAUUUUCAGAAGCGGCUCGGCUCCUCCGACUGUGGAAGGAUCUUUGAGUGGCCUUUAUGGUGUCAGUGGGGGCGCCGGCGGCGGCGCCGGUCGGAGCAGCGGUCUCUCUGAGGAGGAGAUUAGGUCUGAUCCGGCAUAUAUUAAGUACUAUUAUUCAAAUGUGAACAUGAACCCGCGUCUCCCUCCUCCUUUGCUCUCCAAGGAGGACUGGCGGUUCGCACAGCGUUUGCAAGGCGGAGGUGACGGGGUCAGCGGGGCCGCCGGUGGUGGUGGGGUUAGCGGUUUGCCGGCUGUUGGUGAUAGGAGGAAAGUGAUUGGACCAGGUGGUGAUGGAGAAAUUGGCGAGAGUUCACUGUUCUCGGUGCAGCCGGGUUUUGGUGGGAAGCAGGCAGAUAAUGUGGUGGAGUCUCGGAAAGAAUGGGGUGGUGACGGACUCAUAGGGUUACAAGGAAUGGGAUUGACCAGGCGACAAAAGAGCUUUGCUGAAAUUAUUCAGGAUGAUGGAAAUCAAUCAAUUUCAGUUUCUGGUCAUCCAUCUCGUCCAGCUAGCCGGGCAUUUGAUGACAUUCUUGAUACUUCUGAUCCUCAAUUUACCCAUCUGGAGCAAGAGUUGACAGUAGACUCAUUAUACUCGGGUUCAAAUAGUCCGGGAAUUUCUGUCCACCAAAAUGUUGAUUCAUCAGCUUCUCAAAGUUAUGCCUCUGCUUUAGGCGCCUCAUUGUCAAGAAGUACCACUCCUGACCCCCAGCUUAUAGCAAAAACGCCUAGUCCUCGCAUUCCUCCCGUUGGUGGGGGCAGGGUGUCUUCACUUGACAAGAGAAAUUUGAACGCGCUGAAGUCAUCUACUGAUGCUUUGUCAAAUAUAGAUGUGCCUACAGAACUCGCUUCUGCUUUUUCAGGCAUGAAUUUAGCAGCAAAUCCUAUGUUACAUGAUGGGAAGCAUUUAGCAUCUCAGGCUCGACAUGAAAAACUUUACAGUUUGGAAAACGAUCAGAAUUCUGUCAAUCAUAGGUCACUUUCAAAUAGCCCUGGAUCAAGGCAGUUUCACAAGUCUUCUUUACCCUGUGUUGACUCAUACUUUAAGGGACCCUCUAUAUUAACUAAUAACAGGGGAGUCAGUUCCCCAUCCCAGUAUCCAAGUAUUGAUAGCCCAAAUUCCUCACUCUCAAAUUAUGGCUUCAGUGGUGCAAUGAAUACUGGAUCGCCCACCACGGGGAACCAAUUUGGUGGUGGUAAUUUGUCACCUUUGCUUGAUGACAUUGCUGCUGCAAGGGCAAUGGGUAUUGACUCCAGAACAAUGGCUGGUGGGCUUACUUUGGGGCCCAAUUUAUUGGCUGCUGCUGCGGAAUUACAGAACCUUAGUAGAUUUGGUAAUCAAAAUUCUGCGAGUGGUCUACAAAUGCCUCUGGAUCCUUUGUAUCUUCAAUAUAUGAGAUCAAACGAGUAUCCUGCUGGAUAUUCUGCAGCUCUAAAUGAUGCUAUCUUUGAUAGGGAUUCUGGUAACUCGUUCAUGGAGCUGUUGGAGCUGCAGAAAUCUCAACUUGAGACAUUGCUCUUGCAUCAGAAGUCGCAGUAUGGUCUUUCUUAUAAUGGAAAACCUAACAGUUCAAAUCAUGGUUAUUAUGGUAAUCCUGGGUAUGGUCUUGGUAUGCCAUAUAAUGGAAACCCACUGGUAGGCCAGCUCCUUCCAAAUUCGCCAGUUGGGAUGAGCAGCCCGAUGAGGCAUGGUGAACGGAACAUGCGCUUUCCAUCAGGAAUGAGGAACUUCAACGGAAAUAUUCCAGGGUCCUGGAAUCUGGACCUUGGCAGUAGCUUGGAAGAAAGUUUUCCGUUGUCCUUGCUAGAUCAGUUCAAGAGCAAUAAAACAAAGUGUUUUGAGCUCUCUGAGAUUGCUGGUCAUGUUGUUGAGUUCAGUGCGGAUCAGUAUGGUAGCCGUUUUAUCCAGCAGAAGCUUGAAACAGCUACCACUCCGGAGAAGGACAUGGUUUUCCAUGAGAUAACGCCUCAGGCUCUUUCCCUGAUGACUGAUGUGUUUGGAAAUUAUGUAAUCCAGAAGUUUUUUGAACAUGGCAGUCCGGCUCAGAUUAGAGAACUGGCUGAACAGCUAACUGGCCAUGUUUUGGCCCUUAGCCUUCAAAUGUAUGGCUGCCGAGUGAUACAGAAGGCAAUAGAGAUUGUUGAGCUGGAUCAACAAAAGAAAAUGGUAGUUGAGCUUGAUGGCCAUAUUAUGCGUUGUGUGCGUGAUCAGAAUGGGAAUCACGUCAUCCAGAAAUGUAUUGAAUGCGUUCCUGAAGAUGCUAUUCAAUUCAUAAUCUCAACAUUUUAUGAUCAAGUUGUGACAUUGUCUACUCAUCCCUAUGGUUGUCGGGUUAUACAGCGAGUCUUAGAGCAUUGCCAUGACCCCAAAACACAGAGCAUUGUAAUGGAUGAAAUUAUGGGAUCUGUCUGCAUGCUAGCACAAGAUCAAUAUGGAAACUAUGUUGUCCAGCAUGUGCUGGAACAUGGAAAGCCAGAGGAACGUACGUUGAUAAUUAGUAAACUAAUGGAGCAGAUCGUCCAGAUGAGCCAGCAGAAAUUCGCCUCAAAUGUGGUGGAGAAAUGCUUAACUUUUGGAACCCCUGAGGAGCGCCAGACCUUGGUGAAUGAGAUGCUUGGCACCUCAGAUGAAAAUGAGCCCCUUCAGGUGAUGAUGAAAGACCAGUUCGCAAACUAUGUUGUACAGAAAGUGUUGGAGACUUGUGAUGACCAGCAACUUGAACUGAUUCUUAAUCGAAUAAAAGUUCAUCUGAAUGCUCUGAAGAAAUACACAUAUGGGAAGCAUAUAGUUGCGCGUGUGGAGAAACUUGUUGCCGCUGGAGAGAAGAGGAUAGGGAUCUUGUCCUCCUAUUCUGCUGCCGCUUAGAUGGCGUAGGAAGGAUAUUGUACAGCUAACAAGAGGCUUAGGGAGCGUGCCUAGCUUAAUUUGCAUGCCUGGCUUUGGUUCCGUCGAUUAAUAGUGAUGGAUGGAGCUUUGAAAAAAUAAAUAUGUUGGUUGUACUUUAAGAAUGUACAUUGUUAGUUUGAAUAUAUACCUAGAAAUCAGGUUAGGUGAGGCUCAGAUGGAUGAACGAACCUGAUGCCCGUGCAGAGAUGAUAAACUACUGUACAAGAUAAAGGAUGUAAAGAGGAAGGACAGGGUAGUAAAAGUGAUCGUGACUGUACAAAUGUUGCCAUGUGCAGAGCCUGUAAUGGUUUUAGGAGGCCAGAAUUGUCUAAUGUAUGAACUGAGCAUUUUCCUUUCAAAGAAACUUUUUCAUAAGUCUGGAUUUUUAAUUUGCCUAUUUCUUACUGUCUGGUUUUGAAUAUUGAUUGCUUACUUCCAAAAUGUUGCAAGUAACACGUAAAUCCAUUAUGUCUGAUCAGUAUCAAGAUGCAUUCCAUCAUUUCAUGCAUUCAUCAAGUUGAAUAUUGCAUUACAGGGGUUCUUCAUGCACGGAGCAAAUUUAGAAAUCAAACUAGAGUUUUACUUCUGGGAUAUCAGACCGGAAAUGUCAAUUAUCACUAAGAAAGUAACAGUAUGUCAAAGCCACAGUUAUUAUUGAUGCAGGUACGAUCUAUUUAUGCCUUGGAAGGGCAAAAUGUCAGCACAUACCGCAGUGCUCUGCACUUGUUAAGUGAAGUGGAAUCAUCAUAAGCAUAAGAAUACGCCCGGGGACAAAGAGCCUUGAACACUCUUGCAGCAAUUGACGGUUUGCAGUUUUGGGUGUUGCUAUAGACACUGGUGCAGCAGUAUUCAGGCGCUUUCGUGGCCAGACAAUCACUCUGGCAUCCCAACACUUUGUUAUCUUGUUGAAUCGCCAAGUAUGCCGGACAGGCGGCGUUCAAAUCUUCCUCGCAGGCAGCAGUGCCACAGCUAUGAUCACCGCCACAGGGAUAGUCAACCGGAACCAUAGAAAUGGGAAGGUUGAAACCAUCAACCAGACUCACAUCAUAGUAAUGCACCGGAUUCUGCAGAGUCCCUAACGUCAUUUGUACUAAUGUGGCGGGAGGUUCGCCUCCAGCACCUCGGCACUCCAGGCGACCACCGCAAUCUCCAGUUUGACACGAACCGACUCCAUUGUUGUCGAAAGAACAUCCUCGCCUUCCCCAGAUUCGCCCAGACCAGUGUUGGGGUGUCUCAAUGAGAACUUGUUGGGCACGAGAGAGAUGGAAUCCGCCAUUGUUAGGAGUUGCGUAGCCUUGGUGGGCUAGAAUUCCUGGCCAUAUGCUCUCGCUGCAGUUGUUCACCAGAAAAAGUUGAGUUCCAUCUGCAGCCAAAAAGCAUGUUUCUCAGAGUGAUCAUUUGUGUAUUCCUCAUAUUG